AUGGCGCCGACCGGGGAUGACCACUACCAUCCCAAGGAUACCAUCCACUCCAGCCUCUACCAGGGCAUGGUGUUCGGUGGCGUAGGUCUUCUCUUCGCCGCCGUAAGGAACUCGCUCGCAAAGACGAACGUCGGGCCGUGGACCACAUUCACCAAGCACGGCGGCCUGAUCGCGACAUUCACUGUCACCGGCACCGCCUUCGAGUUCACGCGCUGUGCCUCAGCCAACCUGCGCGAAAAGGACGACCACUGGAACCAUGCGAUCGGUGGAUUUGUUGCGGGCGCUGCCCUUGGCCUAAGAACUGGGCGCAUGCCCCGCAUCAUCGGGUACGGCUUUUUUACCGCCGUCACCGUGGGGGCAUUUGAAUAUACAGGCGGCAAACUGAGGGGGUACUGGAACCGUCCUGCGGAGGACGAGUACGAGCGGAAGGAGAUGCUGCGGAAGACUAGGAGAAGGCCAAUCGAGGAGACAAUUGCCGAGAUUGGAGAAGGCAGAGGUAUCAAGCCGCCUGGGUAUGAGGAGCGAAGGCGAGAGAGAAUCAAGGAGAAGUACGGAAUCGAGAUCCGCACCGUCAGCGCGGACCCCAACGCUGCGUAA